AUGAACCGCAACAGCCGCGGCAGCACGGAGGCUGAGGGUCCUUACCUAUACCGAGAACAGCAGCAAGUGUACAGCAGCAACAGCAGCAGCAGCAGCAGCAGCAGCAGCAGCGGGCUUCCUCACGGGGCCCUGCCGCUGCACCGCCGGAUGCCGCGCCCUGCCUUUCAGCAGCAUCAGGAGCAGCAAGACGAGCUGCUGCUGCAGCAGCAGCAGCAGCAGCACCUCUAUGGAGGGGUCUUUGCAAGCAAACGCAGCAGCAGAGGCGCUGACGCAGACCCUUUUCUACACGGAGAAGCAGCAGCAGCAGCAGCAGCAGCAGCAGCAGCAGAGAUAGCGACGCCUGCAAAUGUCACUACAGCAACAAACAUCUCUGAAGACGAAGGCUCAGAUAUUUCUGAUGCAGUCGGCGGCCUUCUUUGUCAUGAGCAGCAGCAGCAGCAGCAGCAGCACGACUUGCUGCAGCAGCAGCACCACCGAGAUGUGGCUUCCCCUGAGACUCACUCGGCCUCAGUCUCUCGCUUGAACACUGUGUCGGGGCGGGCCUCUGCUGCGCUGCAGCAGCGCAGCGAAAUGCCUCGGAUUGCUGCGCGGAGAGAAGAAGUCGACGUCGAUGAUCUGGUGGCUUUGCUGCAGCGGCAGCUUUUGGGGGGUUUGUUUAGGCGCAAGAAGACAGCAGCAGGUGCUGCUGCUGCUGUGCUGCUGCUGCUUGCUGCUGCUGCUGCUGCGCUGCUGCUGCUCGCAGCAGCAGGCCUCGUCUUCCACUCCGAAGAGCAGCCCCAGCCGCCAGCCUCAGCGCCCGAGCCUUCCCCUGAGCUUGCUGCGCUGAGGCGAGAAUUGGCAGCGCAGCGCGUUGCAAUGCAGCAGCAGCAGCAGCAGCAUGUGCAGCAGCAGCAGCUUUUGCAGCAGCAGCUUGAACAGCUGCUUCAGCAGCAGCAACAGCAGCAGCAGCAGCUGCAGCCAAUUCUCGCUGACCCAGAUACAUCUGCAGCGGCAGCGGCAGCAGCAGCAGCCGCUGCUGCUGCUGCAGCACAAAGGGAGGCCCUGGCUGAAGAAAUGGCAGAAGCAAAGCAACAUGUUGCUCAGUUGGAAGCAAAGAACCUUCAAUUUGAGCAGCAGCUGCAGCGGCUGCAGCAGCGCCUCGAGAUAGCAGGGUCCCAGCCGCUGCCCCCUGGGCUGCGUCAGAAAAUAGAGGAAGUGCAUGCGAAAUUGUCUGUGGAAGACGAAGCAGAAGUGGACUGGGCUUUGGAGUCUGUGGGCGCGCGAAUUUCCCACAAUGAAACAUCUCCUCCUUUGAUACCUCCAGGAAGCGUGCUGGGGGGGCUGCAGCAGCAGCUGCUGCAGCUGCUGGGGCUGCAGCAGCAGCAAACUGCAGCAGCGCUGCUGCACAGACCCCCCGAAAUGGUCUUGAGGCCUGAGCGGCUGCCAGGAAACUGCUACGCUUUCAAGGGCCCCACAGGCCGCAUUGCCAUCAUUUUGCCCACAGCAGUUGUUGGCGCUGUUGUUGCUGCUGCUGGGCAGGUUGUUGGGGCUGCUGCGGCUGCUGCUGCUGCAGCUGGGCAAGCUGUGUAUGUACAGUCCGUCGCCGUAGACGACAUGAUGUCAGUGCUCACGAGGGACACAGCCCCAAAGCGCAUGCGAGUGUGGGGUUAUUCUGACUCGAGGUUGUAUGCGCCGCCCCACUCUCCCAUCAGCAGCAGCAGCAGCAGCAGCAGCAGCAGCAGCGCCAGCAGCAGCAGCGGCGGCGGCGGGAAGAGUUCGCUGAAGAUGCUACCUGCAGACAGCAGCAGCAGCGCAGCCACCUGGCUGCUGUCGAUGCUCUCGAGACAGCCCAGUAACACAGCAGCAGCAGCAGCAGCAGCAGCGGGGGCCCCGCUGCUGCUGGGGGAGUUCGUGCUGCAGCAAGGCAGCAAGAGCUGCCGCUUUCAAGUGCAGCAGCAGCAGCAACCCAUCAAAAAGAUUGUUUUUGAGUUUUUAGAAAACUUCGGCAACAGCAAGUACACUUGCGUGUACAGGCUGAGGGUGCACGGCAGCAAAGCCGUGCUGCUGGCCAGCAGCAGAAGCAGCAGCAGCAGCAGCAGCAGCAGCUGA